UCGCUUUUUGUAAUGUUUAGGCUGUAUAAAUAAAAGCGCAGAAAUAAUUAAAAAAUAAAUUAUAAAAUACUAUAUAAUUGAAUCACAGCCUAAAGUUUGGUGUUAAUUUAUAUAAUUUGUUUUCCUGUACUUUCCUGUUAUCAUUGUGCUGUUCAAACAUGUCACGGAGAUUGUCUUCUCAAAAAGUUCCCGCUUCAAAAUCCAAACAAAUGUCUUUGGCCUCCUUUCUGGGAUGCUCACAACAGAAAACGAAAGAUGAGGAACCUAAGACCAGAAAGCAAAUAAAUCCCAUAUACAUUGAUUCGGAAACAGAUGAUGAAGAUGAGCCCAAUACCAAUAGGCCAAAGGAUUCCAAAAGCUGUAAAAAAACCAAUGUCAUCAUCAAAAAAUAUUUAUUUGAUGAUGAUUCCAAGUCUCCUUUAGCACCUGCCAAUAUAAAGAAAACUUCCAACACCAUCAAGGUGUCCGAAAAAACUUCAACUUCAGUUAGCCACAAGCUGAAGAGCUCUUCUGCAGUUGAAAUCAGUUUAGAUGGUAUAGAAUCCAAAUAUCAAACAGCUAUGAAAAAUAUUAGCGAAAACAUAGAAAAAGUAACUAAGGAACGCAGUAAAUAUACUGUAACGCCUGUUAAAAACUCAUCAAAUUCAAUUUCUGUUGAUACAACUCCAACUAAGAAAUCAUCAACUUCUGCGGACCACCAACGGGAAAUAACCACACCACUGAAGGAAUUGAAUGUUUCCAAUGAUAGUUUUGAUGAUAUUGUUAAUCAAACAGUUAAAUUUAAAGACAAACAAAAGAAUUCUUUGCAUAGAAAAGAAGCUAAAUCUGAGAAUUUGAAUGCAACAACAAAACUUUUUUCUAAAGACGGAUCUGGGAGUGUAAGUCAUGAAGCGAAGGCAAAAGACAAUAAAAAUACAGAAAAGAGCCCUAAAGUUAUUUCCCAUUUGGAGAAAUCUGAGAAGGAGGAUGUAAAGCCCAGAAAGUCCGAUGUAAAUGUAGUCUUUGGUCAUGGGAUCAACGAAUAUUUGUGUGACCUGUCUCAGAGUCAUCAUUUUAAAACCAGCAACAAUGAGGAUAAUAUUUAUGUUCUCAAAUCAAGCUUGGAAUUUUUUAAAACAAAUUAUCUUGAAUUAAUGCAAAAAUAUUGCAAUAUUGUUGAUCAAAUACCCGCGGAUUACUUCAAUGGGGUAAAUGGCUUUGAAACUGGGACUUUUUUAAAAUUGAAAAUUAUGCGGCAAAAAUUUAAGGCCAAAACAAAGUUAUUGCAAAAUGCAUUGGAGAAGCAAGAGCUGAAGGAACAAGUUAUUCCAAAACAGGAAGCCCCAGUUUUGUCUUCGCAUAAGAAACAAGCUCUACAAUUGUGCCUUGGAACAGAGCCAGAUUUCAAUAUCGAUGAUAUGGAAGAGGAAGAAAGGCAAAUAAAAGCUGAUGAAUGGCAACAAAGUAUAAGUAACAUAAAACCACAGAUGAGCAUUGAUGAAAUACCAGAAAAUAAAUAUCUGAAUAAAAUUGAACAAAAAGAGUUGAGCAAGACACCGACAAGAUCGGCUUCCUAUAUCCUAUGA